AUGGCCAUCCUCGAUAUUGUUCAUGUGGCUUGGAAGUCAUCUUUUGCACUGAAAUUUGGGCUCAUUGCUACAACGCCAAUACUACUUCUGUUGACGAUAUACUUCAUUGUCGUACCGAACGCCAUCAAGCAGGAUCCUCGGCGUCGACACCUGCCACCAGGUCCGAAAGGCCAUCCAUUCGUCGGUUCUCUCUUCGAACUCGCAGAUUCGGAAGCCGUGCGCGACAAGGUCGUUGCAUGGCGCAAACAAUACGGUCAUGUUUUCCACACCAAAAUCGGUGGAACAGAUUACAUUUGGCUGUCCUCACCACAGGCUGUUAAAGAUCUCAUGGACAAAAAAUCAAACAUUUACUCCUCUCGAGCCCCGGCCCCCAUGGCACAAGAUGUCUUAUCAGCAGGUCGACGACAGUUGUUCAUGCAGUACGGACCCAGGUGGCGGAGCAUCCGAAAACACAGCCAUGCGCUCCUUAACCUCAACGCGAGUAUCAAUUACCAGCCUAUCCAAGACUUUGAGAGUAAGGUGCUGCUGAAACAGUUGAUGCAAGACCCCAACGACUUCAUGUCCAUCAACAGACGCUACUCAGCUAGCGUCAUAAUGCUCGUCACAUAUGGCUACCGCAUACCCAGCUGGGAUGACCCACUUAUAAAACGCAUCUACGACUUGUUGGAGCGCUUCACUAGGAAUACCGCACCGGGAGCAUGGGCCAUUGACUCAUUUCCCGCUCUAGCGUCCCUGCCGCAAUGGCUAUUCGGGAACUGGAGAACACACGGUCAGAAGCUUCACGAGCAGGAUAGCAAAGUGUAUCUUGAUCUGUGGAACAAACUCAAAAAGGAUACGGACGCCGGAGUGGCAAAGGACUGUUUCACAAAGACAUUUUAUCUAAAUGGGCCCGAAAAGUCUGGCAUCGAUGAUCUGGCCGCUGCGUACACAUGCGGUGGACUUGUUGAAGCUGGCUCUGAAACCACAGGUUCGACACUAAACAACUUUGUGCUUUCUAUGGUUUUGUUUCCGGAGGCGCAGAGGAAGGCGCAGGAAGAGUUGGAUCGGGUGGUUGGCAAGGAUAGGCUGCCGACGUGGGAAGACGAGGAGAAUUUGCCGUAUGUCAGGAGUGUGAUUAAGGAAGUGCUGAGGUGGAGACCGGUGAAUAAGUUUGGAAUGCCGCACGCGACUAGCGAAGAUGAUUGGUAUGAGGGCUGGUUCAUUCCCAAAGGGAGUGUUGUCGUCCUGAAUUGGUGGGCGAUACACAAUGAUCCCGAGGUCUGGUCUAACCCCUCUGCUUUCGAUCCUUCUCGCUACUUGAACCAUACUGCAUCUGCAGCGCACUAUAUGAACACUGCCGACCCUUUAGAGCGUGAUCACUUCACCUACGGCGCGGGACGACGCUCAUGUCCAGGCGUGCACGUCGCCGAGCGCUCACUCUUUAUCAACGUCUCACGCGUACUCUGGGGUUUUAACAUCACCAAGAAAGCUGGAAAAGACGGGGAAGAGGUGGAAGUCAACAGAAAAAUGGAGCCAGGUUUCAUGAGUGUACCGGAGCCGUUCCAGUGUGACAUCAAGCCUAGGAGUGAGGCGCAUGCCAAUGUCAUGAGAGAGGAGAGUGAGAGAGCAGAGAGAGAGGGCUUGAAUUACUGA